AUGGGUGACAGGAUCACCUAUGAGCCUCGAAAAGCUAUAAAAUCCCGAGCUAUCGCGGAUUUUGUUGCUGAGUGGACAGGAAUCCAACUCCCUCCACCUCAGAUCCAGCACGAGUGCUGGACCUUGUACUUCGACGGGUCCUUGAUGAAAACCGGGGCCAGCGCUGGCCUCGUUUUCAUCUCGCCCCUCGGGGUAAGGAUGCGAUAUGCAAUCCGACUCCACUUCCCCGAAUCAAACAACGCAGCGGAGUAUGAGGCCCUUGUUAACGGUCUCCAUAUCGUGAUCGAGCUUGGGAUCAAGCGGCUCGAAAUCCGAGGCGACUCCAGGCUCAUCAUUGACCAAGUCAUGAAAGAGUCCAGCUGCCACGACCCCAAGAUGGAUGCGUACUGCAAAGCAGUCCGGCGUCUAGAGGAAAAAUUCGACGGCCUCGAACUUAACCACAUGUUAAGGAAAUGCAAUGAGGCCGCCGAUGCGCUCGCCAAAAUGGCAUCCGAGCGGGCCACGAUCCCCUCGGAUGUCUUUGUCAGUGACCUCAAUAAGCCUUCCGUUGACUACAAAGACGACGGGGGCUCGGAUCAACCCCCAGGCGACUCAAGCCCCGACCCCAAGGUCUCCACGGCUCAGGAGAAGGAGGCCAUGGACAUCGAGUCUGAACCCCCCGCACCAGACGGCUCGCCAGAUUAG